AUGAAGCAGACCGACCAGCCGACAGAAGCCUUCCCCCACAAGGCAGGCUGGGCUCAUACCACCGCGCUUGUGAACUCGCUAGACGGUCUAGUACUACACAGUACAUCGUCAGGUCAUCGUGGUGACGAUCUAGGCAAUGUUGCCGCUGAUUUUCAUUUGACGGGUCGAUUGUCGGAAGGUGGCCAACAAGUUGUCACUGAGGCCGAUGGGUUUCCCACCGGCUCUCUUCGACCUUCCCCGACGAGUCCGAAUCACGGUCGUUUAUGGCCAGGAAUGAAAGACCACCGAAGGGUAGAACCUUCCGGCAACCAGACUGUGGUAAACGCUGGCGAGGGCUUGGAAAACUUGCGUGUGCUACAAGGGUUUCUCCUCCGUAUAGCUAGUGCUCUUUGUAUGUGCUGUGCCGUGUACCUAACGGGGUACACCGGAGGCACAACUCAAGGCCUGAACAUCAGUGCUGGUGGGUUUGCUCCGAAAAAGGUACUUAGGAGGUACCAGUUACCUCGGAGGCUCUCUCUCUUUGGGUGUAUACAGGCCAACUCCCUCUGCGAUAAUCCAACCCACUCUAUCGAGGCAACACCGGUUCAUGCAUGGUCAUAUCCUGAUUGUCAUGGCUUCAAUUUCCCAUCGCCCCGUCUUACGUUUGACUGGACACACAAGCUCUGUAUCACGAUUCGCUCUUCCCAUCUCUUUCCCUUACCUUUAAAUGCUGAAAGGCUGGGGAUCACUGCCAGGUCCCAUGGUUCAGACGAAGGUUUCACAGAAAGAAAGUUCAAACUAAGCACGGACUCCGAGAAGAAUUAG